AUGUCAUCCGAAGAGCCGAUCAAGAUGCUGCUCAAGGCUACAGCAGACCUCCAAGAAAGCUGCGACUACGCUGAUCUUACUAUCACCUGUGGCACCGACGUCUACGAAGUCCACAAGGCCAUUGUCUGUUCUCAGUCUGAAUUCUUCCGUCUUGCCUGCCGCACGCGUGUUGAUCCUAAAGGCGACUUCAAGGAAGGCAAGACCGGAGUCGUGGACAUCCCUCGCAUUAGCGCUUCCAACCUCCCCACCUACGAUUGGAACCCCGAUGCUGAGGAUCCCAGAUGUGUCAAGCUCAUGGUCCACUACUUCUACCACCUGGAUUACCUUGAAGUGGAGACUGCAAAGAUCAAGGCAGAGCCAGCCGCAACUACCCAAUUCAAGGACUACACUCUUGACGACGGCAUCCUAAUCGAUCACGCCAGAAUGUAUGCCAUGGGCGACGAGUACGGCAUUCCCGGUCUCAAGGCACUGGCCAAAUCCAAGUUUGAAGACAUUCUGAAGUUCACUUGCGCUGGACUUGUCAAGGCCAUGAGGAUUGCGUACGCCAGCACAGUCGAUGAGGACAAAGGUUUGCGCCAACUCAUCGUCAACAAGUUGCAUGCGUACAAUAUUGCCACAAGUCUUGGUAAACCUGAGAUUGACGAGAAUGUCAAGGAUCUUCCUGAGCUUGGCUAUGCUCUUCUGCGCAAGCAACUCAAUCUUGCCAUGUAG